CGCGCAGCGCGCGUCUGAACGCUGAUGAGAAGCAGCACUGAUUAAGCAGAAAAAAAAAACAGAACGGAGUUUCAGCGAGCGACUCCCAAGAGAAAAGAAACGCAGCGCUGUUGGGAAAUUUCAAUGGGAAAAAAGACUACAGUCAUUUUUUAAAUCAAAAUGACACAGAAGCAAGUAUUUUUGGACACGGGAAAGUUGCAAAGGACAAUUUGAGCGAGACCGUUCUGGGAUAUCAGUGGACUCGAGCUGCGCUGGAUUGGAUCUGUCCUUAAAGGAGAAGCGCGGCACACUGGAUUUUUACACUGAACUCAAAGAGUUGUAAUGUCUUGAAGUACCUGGCCCGUUUGAAGGAUGUACAGUGAGUGCUAAUGGAAACUUCUGCUCCAAUAUGAGUGUUCAUGAUGUUGGCGGGAGACGACGCUUUGAGGACUCUGAGUUCACCCUGCGCAUCUACCCAGGGGUCAUCGCUGAGGGCACCAUCUACUGCCCCAUCACCGCCCGUAAGAUCACUUCAGCUGCAGAGGUCAUCGAGCAAGUCAUUGAUCGGCUCAAGCUAGAUCGGACAAAAUGCUACGUCCUGGCAGAAGUGAAGGAGUUCGGAGGGGAAGAAUGGAUCCUCAACCCCACCGACUGUCCCGUCCAGCGCAUGAUGCUGUGGCCUCGCAUGGCCUUGGAGAACCGCUUCAGCAGCGAGGACUACCGAUUCCUGCUGCGAGAGAAAAACCUUGAUGGCUCCAUCCACUAUGGCAACUUGCAGAUGUGGCUGCAGGUCACGGAAGAGCGGCGGCGCAUGGUGGAGCGGGGCUUCCUGCCGCAGCCCUUACCGAAAGACUUUGAUGACCUUUGUAACCUGCCGGAUCUCAACGAAAAGACUCUGCUGGACAACCUGCGCAAUCGCUUCAAGCAGGAGAAGAUCUACACCUAUGUGGGCAGCAUCCUCAUAGUCAUCAACCCCUUCAAGUUCCUCCCUAUCUAUAACCCCAAGUUUGUCAAGAUGUACGAUAAUCACCAGCUGGGAAAGCUGGAGCCGCAUAUCUAUGCGGUGGCGGACGUGGCCUACCAUGCUAUGCUGCAGAGUAAGCAGAAUCAAUGCAUUGUUAUUUCUGGGGAGAGUGGAUCUGGCAAGACUCAAAGCACCAACUUCCUGAUCCACCAUCUCACGGCUCUAAGUCAGAAAGGCUUUGCUAGCGGAGUUGAGCAGAUCAUUCUGGGUGCUGGACCAGUGCUGGAGGCUUUUGGCAAUGCUAAAACGGCCCAUAAUAACAACUCCAGCCGUUUUGGGAAGUUCAUCCAGGUGAACUAUCAGGAAAGUGGCACUGUUAGAGGGGCAUAUGUGGAGAAAUACCUGCUGGAGAAAUCCAGACUCGUCUAUCAGGAACACAAUGAAAGGAAUUACCAUGUGUUUUACUACCUGCUGGCAGGAUCGAGUGAAAAUGAGAGGACAGCGUUCCACCUCAAAGAGCCUGAAGAAUACCAUUACCUCAAUCAGAUGACAAAGAAACCUCACAGGCUGCACUGGGAAAAUUACUAUGAGAAUGAACCGCAGGAUUGUUUCACAGUUGAAGGGGAGGAUCUUAAACAUGACUUUGAGCGCUUGCAGCUGGCUAUGGAGAUGGUGGGCUUCCUUCCCGCCACACGUAAACAGAUUUUCUCUCUGCUGUCAGCUAUUCUUCAUUUAGGCAAUAUCCGAUACAAGAAGAAGAUAUACCGGGAUGACUCCAUUGACAUCUGUAAUCCCGAAGUUCUUCCUGUAGUGUCAGAGCUGCUUGAGGUCAAGGAGGAAAUGCUCUUUGAAGCCCUGACAACACGGAAAACAGUGACAGUGGGCGAGAAGCUGAUAGUCCCAUACAAACUUGCAGAGGCUGGGACGGUACGGGACUCCAUGGCUAAGUCCCUCUACAGUGCCCUUUUUGACUGGAUUGUGUUCAGGAUCAAUCACGCGCUGCUCAACCAAAGAGACUUGGAAGAGUCAGCCAAAAUCCUGUCCAUCGGGGUUCUUGAUAUUUUUGGCUUUGAAGACUACGAGAACAACAGCUUUGAACAAUUCUGCAUCAACUUUGCCAACGAGAGACUUCAGCACUAUUUCAACCAGCACAUUUUUAAGCUGGAACAGGAAGAGUAUAGAUCAGAAGGCAUUGCUUGGCAUAAUAUUGAUUACAUCGAUAACACUGGCUGCAUUAGCCUCAUCAGCAAGAAGCCCACAGCACUGCUCCACCUACUGGAUGAGGAAUGCAACUUUCCACAGGCCACCAAUCAGACCCUCCUGGACAAGUUCAAGCGGCAGCACGAGGGAAACAGCUAUAUUGAGUUUCCUGCAGUCAUGGAGCCAGCCUUCAUCAUUAAACACUACGCAGGGAAAGUCAAAUAUGGAGUGAAGGACUUCAGAGAGAAGAAUACAGAUCACAUGCGUCCAGACAUCGUCGCGCUCCUCAAGAGCAGUAAAAACGCCUUCAUCUGUGGUCUGAUCGGUAUUGACCCAGUGGCCACCUUCCGCUGGGCUGUACUCAGGGCCUAUUUCAGAGCCAUGGUAGCCUUCAGGGAUGCUGGGAAGAGACAUGUGGAGAAACGCAGCGGGCAUGACGCUGCUGCUCCAGUUGUGAAAAGUGUGGAUAGCUUUAGUUUUCUGCAUCACCCUGUGCAUCAGAGAAGCUUAGAGAUCCUGCAGAGGUGCAAAGAGGAGAAAUACAGUGUGAACAAGAGGAAUCCUCGCACUCCACUGUCUGAUCUGCAGGGAAGCAAUGCACUUAAUCAACGAGAGGGAUGGAAUGGUCGUGCUGGGAGACAAAACCGUCUGUCCUCCGCUGGAUCCUUCAGUGAAGAGGAGGGCAUCUUCAUCAACUCCACAAGCAGUAAACUCCUGGAGCGAGCCCAUGGCAUCCUUAUGAGAAAUAAAAACUAUAAAAUGAAGCCCAGUCUUCCUAAGCACUUGCUGGAUGUAAAGUCUCUGAAGUACCUGAGUAACCUGACGUUACAAGACCGCAUCACAAAGUCCCUGCUGCACCUGCACAAGAAAAAGAAACCCCCAAGUAUCAGUGCCCAGUUUCAGGCCUCUCUCAACAAACUGAUGGAAACGCUUGGUCAGUCAGAGCCAUACUUUGUGAAGUGCAUACGAUCAAAUGCGGAGAAGCUUCCUCUGCGUUUUAAUGAUGCCCUGGUGCUGAGACAGCUUCGCUACACAGGAAUGCUGGAAACUGUGCGGAUCCGACAAUCUGGCUACAGCAUCAAGUACACUUUUAAGGAUUUUGUUCGACACUUCCAUGUGCUGUUACCAGAGGGUACCAACCAGGCCAGCCAGGAGGCUAUCAGACGGUACCUGCUCCAGGUGGAUCUCACUCCUGAAGGGUUCCAAGUGGGCCAUACAAUGGUGUUCCUCCGUGAAGCAGAGCGUCUGCGGCUGCAAGACCUGCUCCAUCAGGAGGUGCUGCGUAGAAUCAUUCAUCUUCAGCGACGUUUCAGAGCUCUUCUGGAGAGAAGGAACUUCCUCAGAAUGAGACAGGCUGCUUGCCAAAUACAGAGCUGGUGGAGGAGCUAUCAGUCUUCACAGAGGGACAGCAGGCUUGAUGAUGUCCAGCAGGAGGCAGCGGUUUGUAUCCAGUCGGCCUGGAGAGGCUUUAAAGAUAGGUGUAGACUCUUGCUGUGGAGGGAGGCAGCCAUGGUGAUCCAGAGAAAUUGGAGGUUGUAUUGGCGGAGCCGGGCGGCCUGCCGGAUCCAGACUGCAUGGAGAGGACACAGGGCCAGAAAGCUGUACCUCCAGCAGCGAGACUCCGCCAUCCGCCUGCAAGCAGCGGGUAGAGGCUAUCUGGCGAGGCAGAGAUUUAGAGAACUUCAAGAGCAGAGAUUAAAAUCCACUCAGCUGCUGAAUGGAAAGACCAGUCUGUUAACAGAAGAGGACAAGCUGAGAGACAUGGGUUUGGAUCACAGCAUAUGGGAAGACUCAUGUGAGGUGCAGGACAGGAGCAGACAGACCCUCAUCGGUGUAGUAGAGGCACCUGGAGGAGAUGUUUCGGAAGAGAUGGAGCCAGAGAUGACAGAGGGUACGGCAACAGUGCAACCGACACCUGAAGUGUCUAUCCGAGAAAGAGCGCAGACUCUAGAGGAUCCCAACCAGAGGACCCGGACCAAACGGGAGAGCCGGCGGAUGCGAGAGUUGGAGCAGGCUAAAUUCAGCUUGGAGCUUCUUAAGGUGCGCUCCACUGGAGGAGUGUCUCCUUCAGAAGAAAGGCGCUGGUCAGUGGAGCUGGUCAGCGAGAUAGCUCACACUCCUCAGGGUUCACCAGACAGCCAGAGCUCCAAAGGCAGCUUUGAGUUACUCAAUAUAGAUGACUAUUUCAAAGACAAGGCACCCUGUGCCGAAACAGAGGACCUUGGUUCUCCUUCUGUACCUGACAAGCACCAUGUGCUCGCCAACAUUCCCCAGUCCACUUUUCCCUCUGACACUACAGCACCCGAUAUAUUGUCAAAACCUGCUGGCCAACCUGAAUCUCCCAAAAUGCAGAACUUGCUCCCAACUUUCUACUCCCCUCCAUCAGAAAGUAGCUCUCUAAUUUUGAAGUCUACCACCCUGUGCUCUGAUGGCCCCAGCAAACCUAUGAAAGACAGGAAGGAGCCCACUCGGAGACCUAUGGUCGUGGUUAUUAGUAUGCAGAAGGAAAGUCUUUUAAAUCAAGCAGAUGUGAAGCCUCCUGAGGUCAAAGACAGUGCCGCCCAGACCAGCCCAGCACAGCCUAGCAGUGAAAGCCUUUAUGUUCUGGAAAGGCUAGAGAAACUUAAUGAGGAAAAGGAAGAGCGUCAGAAGCAUCAGCAGCAGCAAAAUGAAAAAGAGAUGAUGGAGCAGAUCCGUCAGCAGAAGCACAUCCUGAAAGAACAACGUGAGAUUUUCUCCCAACAUGAGAGGGAGGUGUUUGAAAAGCAGAGAGUUGAAGCUCUGCACAAGAUCGAGAAGAAUAGACAAGAAGGUUCAGGAGGAAAGCCAGACAGAGGCCCUGCUCCCAUAGCUCAGCCAGAGCCUGACCUCAGCUCCCAGCCACUGGUUCCGGAAAAGGAGCCUGCUCCUCUAGUUUUCAGAGACAAACCAAAAGAUAGUUGCAAUGUAGCAGAAGGGUGGGCUCCAAAGUUGACCCUGGAAUCCAGAGGGGAUAAACCAAGAAGGAAAAUAAAUAAUAAACCGUCCACUCAGAAUGUCAACAUGAGUCUGUCCGAGAGGUCUGGAAACAUAUUCUAUUCUCCGAAGGCCAAAGUUUCAAAGCUGGAGAAGAACUUAGCCAAUCAAGGGAAGACCCCUGGAGUACAGAAUGAAGUGAGCCUGUGUGGUUACAAACCCACUAAGAGUGAGGUUGGCCGACCGGGUCAUAAAAAAGCUCGAAUGGCACGGACACGUUCAGACUUCAUGACCCGCGGUUCAAACGCCAUGGGAGAGGGGGAGUCAGAGGAGGAGGAGUAUGAUGAGACCCCUCUGUUUCCUGGCACACCCCUCCCCAAGCAGGACUCAGAGGAAAGUGCACUAGAGGCUUGUCACAGUGACUCCGAAAUGCCGACCACAGCCAAUGAAGAGCAGAAGAACAUGUAUAAAGCCAUGUCAUCUGGAGAGCUGGGCAAAAGUGAUGUGAGGAAGAACUCUCAUGGAGAUGGAAGAGUUCGUGGUAAAAUGCGGUUCUGGGGAAAGGCAAGGCAUGCAGAGAAGAAAACCUCACGAGAGAGGCUGCUAUGUAGCAGUGAUACUUUGGAGGGAGAAUAUGCUGACACAGCACUUCUAAUGGAAGAGGGGGUAGAGCGCAUGUCCCCUCCUGGAAGCCCAGAUCUAACAUUACAGAGGGAGUUUAAAGAGAAUAAAGAUCCGUCCCCUAAAGUGAAGCGCAGACGGAGUGUCAAGAUCAGCAGUGUGGCUCUGGAGCCCGUCCAGUGGCAGAAUGAUGCCCUGCAGAUACUCACAUGUGCCAGUGACUACAGGAGCAUGAAUGACUUCCUCAUGAAGAAGAUUACUGAUUUAGACACAGAAGAUGGUAAGAAUGACACAAUGGUGGAUGUUGUCUUCAAAAAGGCACUAAAGGAGUUCCGCUUAAAUAUCUUCAACUCAUACUCAACAGCUUUAGCUAUGGACGAUGGGAAGAGCAUUCGUUACAAGGAUCUCCACGCCCUCUUUGAACAAAUCCUGGAGAAGAACAUGCGUCAGGAGCAGAGGGACUGGAGCGAGUCACCAGUGAAAGUUUGGGUCAACACCUUCAAAGUCUUCCUGGAUGAGUUCAUGACAGAGCACAAACCUCUGGACGGCAAUAUGAGCAGGGCACCCAAACCAGACCGCAAGAAAAGAAGGAAAAAGGAUACUGAUAUAGUUGAGGAGCACAACGGCCACAUAUUCAAGUCAACUCAAUACAGUAUUCCCACCUACUGCGAGUACUGCUCCUCCCUCAUCUGGAUGAUGGACAAGGCGUGUGUCUGCAAAAUGUGCCGCUAUGCGUGUCACAGAAAGUGCUGUCAGAAGAUGACCACCAAAUGCAGCAAGAAGUAUGACCCUGAACUCUCAUCAAGACAGUUUGGUGUGGAAUUGUCCCGUCUGACCAACGAUGAGCGAGCGAUGCCUUUAGUCUUCGAGAAACUUAUCAAUUACAUUGAGAUGCAUGGCCUGUACACAGAAGGGAUCUACAGGAAAUCGGGAUCCACCAAUAAAAUUAAGGAGCUGAAGCAGGGUCUGGACACAGAUGUAAAUGGCAUGAUUCUGGACGACUAUAAUAUUAAUGUCAUUGCCAGUGUGUUCAAGCAGUGGUUACGUGACUUGCCAAAUCCUCUGAUGACUUUUGAACUGUAUGAGGAAUUCCUGCGGGCCAUGGGUCUCCAGGACAAAAAAGAAGUGACUAGAGGGGUUUACUCUAUAAUCGACCAGCUCAGCAGAACUCAUCUGAACACGCUGGAGCGCCUUAUUUUCCAUUUGGUCAGGAUUGCCCUGCAGGAGGAGACAAACCGUAUGUCUGCUAAUGCGCUGGCUAUCGUGUUUGCCCCCUGUAUCUUGCGCUGUCCUGACACUACCGACCCUCUGCGGAGCGUUCAGGACAUUGGGAAAACCACAGCAUGUAUCGAGCUGAUCAUUUGUGAGCAGAUGAAUAAGUAUAAGGCCAGACUGAAGGACAUCAGCACUCUGGAAUUUGCGGAGAACAAAGCCAAGAUCCGACUUACAUUCAUCCGCAGGUCCAUGGGUAAGGGCCAUGUGCACAGGUUGAGGUAUCACUCACCAUCUCCUCCCGUCAGUCCUCGGUCUCCAACCGCCCCGGAGGUGAUGCAGGAGAGCGGAGAUGAGGAAGUCAGCAGAGAUCCAGAAGUCUCUGAGCAACAACAAGUGGCCAUGCAGCAAGAAGAGAAAGUCCUGACCGAACAAAUUGAAAGUUUGCAGAAAGAAAAGGAGGAGUUGACAUUUGAGAUGCUUUCUCUGGAGCCGCGGGCGUCCGAUGAUGAGACUCUGGAGUCAGAGGCCUCUAUAGGCACCGCAGACAGUUCUGAAAACCUGAAUGUGGACUCUGAGGGCGCCAUUUCAGACUUCUCUGAGCGAGGCCCAGCGCUGACCGCUACGAGGCCCAAGUCUGAAGGGAAGAACAGGAGAGUUCUGCGAAAGCAGCCCGAGUCCCUGGACUCCAUGGAUUCCAGUUCUGCCGUCUCCUCUGUGUCAUCUUCCUAUAUGCAGCCACCUUUGCGAACCCAUAAAUCACGAACCCAAAAACCUCCUGACAGCCUGGAGAAGGACGAACAUGAUGGAGAGGAGAGACCGCAGUUCACCAGCCGCAGCACCUUCAACCCAGAAAAAGGCAAACAGCGGCUGCAAGGUGCCAAGGGCUCACCUCAGAAGCAUCGUGAUUCUCUGAUGGACGGAGGGCCGAAAAGAGAUCCAGACUUGCAGCCCCAGCAGGUGGUGGUGUACGGCAGCAACGAGUUCAUGGUAUGAAGGCCACAAGGUUAAACAUCCAUCCACGAAGAAGAGCUCAUCCCUCCCUGCUAGCUCACUUGAGAUCACAUUUGCUGCAUUAUAGUCCUUAAGUGCCAUGUUGACAGAAAAAGCAGAAAGAGAGAGCUGGGCAUAGAAAACAGCUCUGUUGGGAAUGUGUGGUGAAGGAAAGCAGGGCAAAGGGAAUGCUGAACCAUUCCGACGUGGAAUGAUCUCCUUUGGGCUUUGAUUGGCAACUCCUUGACUGUGAUCGGGGUCCAAAUGCGGGAGAAGAAGCCAUUGAUGAACUCCACAAAUUCAAGCUAAACCAUGGGCUGCUUUAACGUUUACAGCAUUCACAACAAUUUAUUUGCCCCCAAGCCUAUUUAAUACAUUUUAUGUACAUGGAAUAUAUAAAUCUAUAUGAAUAUAUUGUGAUAUAAAGUGUACAAAGCCAGAGCACCAGUGACUGCUGGGUUGUUGAAUUCAUAUAUCGUGCAUCGGUCAUGAAUGAGUUGGAGAGAGAAGUGAGGACACUGGGUUUGUGUGGCUCCUCUGUGUGUGUGUCUUAUGAGAAAACCUCUGGAUACGUUUGUGCUGUUUUUUGUGUUGUGCUUGGAGGGAAAUGAUGCCAUCAAGGGACCACGCAAACUGGUGUUAUAUAAUGCCAGAGGAUCCCACACUAAAGGAAGACUCCAAAGUCUUCCAAAUCACCACAUAGUGUAUUACUGUAUGUCAAAAGCCAUCCAUCAGUUGUUUGAAUUCAUUUAGAUUUUCAUUCCUAUUUUUUGUGCUUAUCUGCCUCAGUCUUGUUCUAAGAAACCAGUUAAAACGCAGAAGUUACUGGAUUACUAUUACUUAAGGUAUUCUAAAUGUAAUCAUUUUUCUGAAUCUUAGCAUCAUUCAUGCCCUGCAAACAUGAGAUUCCUCUUGACUUAAAUAUGAUUUAAUAUAUUACCAAAUGGUCUCUUCUGCCUGUGUAUAUAUAUAUAUACUGUAAUGUGAUAUUUCCUUUUUUUCUAAUAUUUAAUUAUUAAAUAAAACCUUGUUGUAAUCCACACAAGUGCAUUUUGGAGGGCUAUGCUCAGAUUUGACUAACUGCUCUUAUUCAACUGCUGUAUUAGCAGUGUUGCUCUUGGAGGGAUUCUGAUAUCUCUCCAUUGUUAGUUAUUGAUAUCAAGAAGCUGAUUGUGAAAUGAACAAAACUUGUGCCACCAGCAAAAUAUUUCUCUGUCUAGACCAUUUGUCAAUCCUUUGUCACUGUGGUUUGUGCUAAAAUCAUGAACAUCAAGAUUAAUCUGUCAUCCUCGUGAUAAACUGUGAUUAUACCCCAGUAACAUGGCUUGUUAAGGGUUUCUGCAUGUGAUGAUGUUUAGCAAAGGCCGUGUUUUUCACAGGAACGACUUUAUGGACAUAAACACAUGGCAUCGAUCUCAGAAUGAAGACUGUUAAUUUAUGAUGUGUUAUUUAGAUCUCAUGCAUUGCUGACAUUGGUCACACCGCCUGCAGGAUUGAGCAAACAGCUGUCUGGCCUCAGAUUUGUCUUAUGGAGUCAUAUGUGUUGAACAAAUAUUUUGUAUGAAAGAAAAGAAAAAAAACUCAAUGGUUGUAUAAUAAAUUACACAUUUUGAACAAAAAAAAACAGUCUGUUAAAUGAAA